CCGCCCCGCUCCCGGCCCCGCUCCGCCCCGGGCCGCCUGUUGCUCCGCGCCGGGUGGGUCCGGCCGCCCCGCCCCGCUCCCGGCUCCGCUCCCGGCUCCGCUCCGCCCCGCGCCGCCGGUCCGGUGGCGGCAGGAGCCCGGUCCCGCCGCGGCCGCCCCCGGCUUUGCAGGCUGCCGCCAGCUUUGACGUGGAGCAGGAGCCUCGAGGAGGAGAAGUUCCUGCAAGUUUGGGAAAAAAAACACGGCGCGCUGGAGCCCGGCGGGACGGCUCGGCUCGCCGCGAUGGAGGAAGGUCCUGCGCUGCAGCUCCGUGUCUUCGACCUCAACUGCUGGGCCAUCCGCUACCUGAGCAAGCGGCGGCAGGAGCGCGUGCAGCUCGUCGGGGACACGCUGCGCCGGGAGGGCUUCGACCUGGUGCUCCUGCAGGAGGUGUGGAGCGAGUGGGACUACAGUGUCCUGAAGGAGAAGCUGGGCGGCUGCCACCCCUUCUCCCACUACUUCAGGAGCGGGGUGAUCGGCAGCGGCCUCUGCGUCUUCUCCAGGUUCCCCAUCCUGGACGCGUUCCUCUACCGGUACUCGCUGAACGGCUACCCCUACAUGCUCCAGCACGGAGACUGGUUCUGCGGCAAAUCCGUAGGGCUCGUCGUCAUUAAGAUCUCCGGGAUCGUCUUCAACGUCUACGUGACCCACCUGCACGCCGAGUACUGCCGGGAGAAGGACGCUUACCUGCCCCACCGCGUGGUGCAGGCCUGGGAGCUGGCGCAGUUCAUCCGGCACACCUCCGCGGGGGCCGACGUGGUGCUGCUGGGGGGGGACCUGAACAUGCACCCCGAGGACGUGGGCAUCCGGCUGCUGCGCGGCUGGACGGGGCUGCGCGACGCCUUCGCCGAAGCCAAGCGCUUUGAGGGCUGCGAAGACGGCUGCACCCUCGUCCCGGACAACUGCUUCGCCGCCAAGACGGAGCUGCAGCCCUUCCCGCUGGGCAUCCGCAUCGACUACAUCCUCUACAAGGCCGCGGCCCGUUUUGCGGUGCGGUGCGAAGAGCUGCGGACCACGACGGGGACGGCGCCGGGCAGGGACAUCCCCUACUCGGACCACGAGGCCGUGAUGGCCACGCUGCUCGUGCGCAGGCAGGGCCCGGCCCCGGGGCCGACCCUCGGCAGAGCCGCGCCGGCCCUGGCGGACGUGGUGAACGAAGCGCGGACCGAGGUGCGCGUGGGGCUGCACGCGGCGCAGCGCCAGCGCUACUCCGCGGGCAGGAUGGCCGUGCUGGCCCUGCUGCUGCUGCUGGUGCAGGCGGCCGCCGGCCUGGCCUCGCUGGCGGGCUGGGCGGCCGGGCAGCCCUUCCCCAGGCUCUCCUUCUCCCUGCUGGCCGUCCUCGCCGGCGGCGUGCUGCUGCUCGCCACCGUCCUCCACCUCUUCCACACCAUGGAGGUGAAGAUGCUGCAGGGCACGGAGGAGGAGAUGCGCCUGGCGCUCCGCGCGCUGCAGCAGCGCCUGGCCGCUGCCUGAGCCCCCCCGGCGGGUGCCAGCGCCGUCCCCUGCCCGGCCCGGCCCGGCCCGCGGCCUCUCCGCCUGCUCGGCUGCCGGCGUCGGAAGCGGUGGAGCGCGCGGCGGAGCGACCCGCGCGGGACGGAUCUGUAGCGUCCACCCCUCGUGGGAACCACGGCGGAGGCGGUUUUAAUUGCAAUUUUUUUUUGUUUGUUUUAACGUGCCCUGCCUGACUCGUGGACCUUUGGGGGGGCCUAAAGGACCCAGAGAUUUGGGAUUAUCCUGGUUAAUUCUGGUUACGAUGGAGCCCUCUGCCCCGGGUGGCUGCCGAUGGGCAGGAGAUGCUGCAGUGUCUUCUCCAGCCUCCCGCCGGGGCUCUGCCGGGGCGUCGAACCGGAGCCUGGUCCCAGCAGCCGGGCCCAGCCGUGGUCUCUAGCCCUGCCGGCAGCUCGGCUGGACUGGGAUAGAAAAUAAAGGCGGUGUUUUAGCCCUUUU